UGGACCCAAGAAUUUAGGACCCUGUUCUUGCCUCUCCUGUAAUCUUUGAUCUCUGUUGCUGGAUGUGGCAAUGCGCAUAGAGAGACAGAGGGCUACAUGUGGAAAUAAGCAGGAAGGAAGGAAUCCUGAUCAUCAAUGGACAUGUUUAUGAGCACCUACCAUGUGUGUCAAAACUGUGCUGGGGGCUGCAAACACAGAGAGGGAAAAGAUAAGCUUCAUGCUCAAGUCUCUGGAGGUACACUGCCUUUGCUCAAAUCCUGCUUCUGAAUCUUGCAAACCAUAUACCUUGGGCAAGUUCUUUGACCUCUCUGUGCCUCAGUUUCCUCAUCUAUAAAAUGGGAAUAACAAUAGCACUGUUGUGAAAAUGAAACUGAGUUGAUAUAGGCAAAGUACCUUGAACAGUAUAUGACCCAGACUACAGGCUAUGGCAGUCUCUGCAAUUAUUAUAACGCCACGGACCACAGAGUCCAGGCAUGGAGACCUUGUUUCGUUCCUUAGGGGCUGAGGCAGUUGUCAUCUAUACCACACUUCAUUCCAGGUGGCCCACAAAAUAUGAGGGGCGGGGGCCACCCGUCUCUGCUGCUGCUGUACCUGGGAUUGACCACCUGCCUGGACACCUCACCCAGUGGGGAGCAAGACCAAGAAGUCUUCUUGGACUCCCCAGAGGCUCAGAGCUUCCUGGGCAGCCACAAACGAAUUCGUCGAGCCAAUCACUGGGACCUGGAGCUGUUCACGCCAGGGAACCUGGAGCGGGAGUGUUAUGAGGAGAAGUGUUCCUGGGAAGAGGCACGGGAGUACUUUGAGGACAAUAUUCUGACGGAGCGCUUUUGGGAGACGUAUAUCUACAAUGGCAAAGCAGGGCGUGGACGAGUGGAUGUAGCAGGCCUGGUUGUGGGACUGACAUCUGGCAUCCUGCUCAUUGUGCUGGCUGGCCUGGGAGCCUUUUGGUAUCUACACUGGCGACGAGGCCGAGGCCAGCAACCCAGUCCUCAAGAGGCCGAGCUCAUCAGCCCUCUGAGUCCCCUGAGCUCUUCGGGCCUGCCUACGCCCCUGCCGCCAUCCCAACCCCCAGGCCUCCCCACCUAUGAACAGGCUUUGGCGGCUUCUGGGGUGCACGACGCACCUCCGCCCCCCUACACCAGCCUCCGGAGACCUCGCUGAAGAGCUUCUUCGGAGCCGGGGUUCCCCUAACCGUGCCCCAGAUUCACACCGGAUUCCGGAAGCCCCCAAACCUCUUAAACUGCGGAGAUGAGCCUGGGGG